CAGCGGCGAAGCUGCACAGUCGACAUGGCGACCGAGAAAAUAUCGCAUCAUUUCCCGAAAGAAAGAUGAAGGUCUUCCAAGUGUUUUGGAUGAGUGAGUAACGCUAAUAACGUUUUCGUCACGUGAUGUGAUCCCAAAUCCACAAUGUGUGAGGACAUUUGAGAACGAUUGAGUUCGGAAGAAAAUUUUCUUGAUUCCAGUGGAAUCUUUCAUAUGUAUAUUUUUUCCUCUGUGUGAAAGCAUAUAUAUAUUUACACACAGUCCCCAUACCCUUGACACAUACGUCCCAUCACCAUUUAACCAUGCCAGUUCAAGCCCCGCAGUGGACAGAGUUCCUGCUGUGCCCGAUCUGCACACAGACUUUUGAAGAGACCGUUCGUCGGCCCAUUAGUUUGGGCUGUGGGCAUACUGUCUGCAAGAUGUGCCUGAACAAGUUGCACCGCAAGGCCUGCCCCUUUGACCAGACAGCCAUCAGCACAGACAUUGAGCAGCUACCUGUCAACACAGCCCUGCUGCAGUUGGUGGGAGGACAGGUUCCUAAGGCCCAGCCGGUUGCCUUGAUUACGAGUCCAGAGGACUCGCAGCAUUAUGAGGAGGCCAGGCAGUGUGUGGAGGAGCUGGCCCUGUACCUCAAACCUCUUAGCAACACCAGAGGUGUCGGUCUAAGCAGCACAGCACAGAGCGUCCUGAGUAGACCCAUGCAGAGGAAGCUGGUGACCUUGGUCCACUGCCAACUGGUUGAGGAGGAGGGCCGUGUUAGAGCCAUGAGAGCGGCCCGUUCUUUGGGGGAACGCACUGUCACUGAGCUCAUCCUACAGCACCAGAACCCACAGCAACUUUCCUCUAAUCUGUGGGCUGCUGUCCGUGCACGAGGCUGCCAGUUUCUUGGUCCAGCCAUGCAGGAAGAGGCCUUGAAAUUGGUUCUUCUUGCUCUGGAGGAUGGCUCAGCCCUGUCCAGGAAGGUUUUGGUUCUCUUUGUGGUCCAAAGGCUGGAGCCACGCUUUCCACAAGCCUCAAAGACUAGCAUUGGCCAUGUGGUGCAGCUCCUAUACAGGGCCUCUUGCUUCAAGGUGACCAAACGUGACGAAGAUUCAUCCCUAAUGCAGUUGAAAGAGGAAUUCCGUACCUACGAGGCCCUGCGACGCGAGCAUGACUCUCAGAUAGUUCAGAUUGCCAUGGAGGGAGGACUGCGUAUUGCUCCAGACCAGUGGUCUUCUCUGCUCUAUGGAGAUCAGUCUCACAAGUCACACAUGCAGUCUAUCAUAGAUAAGCUCCAGACCCCGGCCUCUUUUGCUCAGAGCGUCCAGGAACUCACCAUCGCACUCCAGAGGACAGGAGACCCAGCCAACCUUAAUAGACUGCGACCCCAUCUGGAGCUACUGGCUAACAUUGACCCCAGCCCUGAUGCUCCCCCUCCUACAUGGGAGCAGCUAGAGAAGGGAUUGGUUGCUGUGAAGACAGUGGUACACGGUCUGGUGGAUUUCAUCCAAAACCACAGCAAGAAAGGAGCUGACCCACAGCAGCCUCCUCAGCACAGUAAAUACAAGACGUACAUGUGUCGUGACAUGAAGCAGAAGGGAGGCUGUCCUCGCGGAGCCAGCUGUACCUUUGCUCACUCUCAGGAAGAACUGGAGAAGUAUCGUAAAAUGAAUAAGCGUCUGGCUGCUCGCCUUCCUGGUUCAGGAGGCCUCAUGCCUGAUGAGGGCCUUCCCAUGGAUACAGGGGUGACCCGUAAGCCCUCACCUCUCACAAACGGCAGUGGUGCGCCGUCUCUUCCCCAGCUCAUUGCCCGUGGAACAGAUACAGGAGCAUAUGAUCUGCUACGUAAGCCUAUCAAGUUGGAUGGAGGGAGUUCCAGCACCUCAGGAUCACCCCCUGACUCUCUGGAUUCAGUGCCCAAACCUGGCAUGCCCAUGCCAACCCACGCCAUGGGCCACUCCAGGUUGCCAACAGACCACCUUUCUGGUAUGAAGCAGAUGCCCAUGGUACCCAGAGGUUCACCAAUGUACCCUCAGCAGCAGCAGCAGCUACCUGAGAUGUACUACUCUGACACCCGCCCGCCACCCUCAGCUUCACAAUAUGAGCACUCACAGUACCCCACAGGUUACCCUUACCAACAACCACCGCAGUAUUCUCGGGGCUACAUCCGUAACCCUCCACCCCCAAGUGAGCCAGCAGGACCCCCUUACCAAGACCCCUACCCUGGCUAUGGUCCUCCAGAUCGCUCCUACCAAGCCCCACACUCUGGCCCUCCCUUUUCAUAUCCUCCUCCUCAACAUUAUGACACCCGAGGCCGCCAUGGCCCCUACCAUGGCCCACCUCCUCCCCCCCAGCCAUACCCCUCACAGAGGGAUGACCUAGUCAGGAUGAGCCCAGCGCCCUUGGAUGGGCCUCCUCCAUCAGCAGGGCAGGGUGGCUCACUCUACCACCCUGAGCCUACUGCGCGGGACAGGUACCCUCCAGAGGGCUACUACCCAGCUGGUGCCCAACCUCCACCUAUGAGGGCUUAUGCCAGAGAGCCACCGUAUGGUCGUUCUCAGCCCAGCCUGGACUACUUGCACCGUCGCCGGCAGGAGCUGAUCUCCCAGCUAGAGGAGAGGAAAGUCAUAUCACCACCACCCUUCGCCGCCUCCCCCACCCUCUCUCACCCCUUCCCCAGCGACUACCCUCCAGAGUAUGGUGAAGAGAGCUCCAAAGCCUUUGGGAAGUGCAGGGAGCCUGACUAUGCAGGGCAGUACUCCCCUUGGUCUUGCGACACCAUUGGCUCCUACAUUGGCACCAAGGAUGCCAAACCCAAAGACGUCAUGGCUCCUGGUACCAUGGAGAUGAUGAAUGUGGAGGCUAAGGGUCUGAGGGAGCCUUCUCUGGAAGCCCCUCGGAGGGGUGCAGAAGUAAAGGAUGACGACCCCAUUAUCCCAUUUGGCCCCCAGCCCACUGUUUCACGCUUUGGUGCAAUCUCCCGCACCUCUAAAACAGGCUACCAGACCACUGGCCCUGUCCAGGCCAUGGCCUCCACGCCACAGAACCCAACUUCUAAACACUUGGCCAUGGCUGCGGAAUACUCGUAUGGAAACCACGGGGGGUGGGGUGGGGGCUCUUACCCCUCCCACCAGGCUUGCUCCUCCUCUCAGGGACAUUUCAGUGAGCGCCUGCCCAUGGCAGCCCCAGACAGAGAGCAGUUGAAGAUCGAGCUGCAACAGGUCAACCAACAGAUAAACCAACAAACCCAGAUGCACAACAUGGAGGCUGCCAGUAACUCUCUGCUGCUCCAAAGGGAGGCCAGUGCAUUAGCUGGCCAACCUGUCCAGUCUAGCCAGACGGCAGCGCAGCAGCAGCAGCCUAAGUGGCCAGCAGGGGGCGCAAGCACGACGGCGAUCUCUAGCGAACAGCUCAGCCUUGAGCUCCACCACGUGGAGAGAGAGAUUGGCCUGAGGACCCGUGAGAUGGCCAUGGAGAGCCAGGCAGCCCAUGAAGUUCAGCAGUACAAGAUGAAGGCUGCAGAGAAUGGACAACCGGAGCACAAGACCCAGCUGGAGGAGAUCUCGCUGGCUCUUGGCGAGGUUUCCAAUGGCUCCAGUGGUCUGCAGGAAAGCGGGGUGGGCGGAUCCAUGCUGUCACUUACCAAUAAGACAUCUUCCCUGAGCCUCUGUUCUGAUCCAGGAACCGGGAGUUCAGAGAUGCAGAAGAAUGGUGUGGUCCAUUCCUGCUCGUAGUGUGCACAUACAUACACACACACACACACACACACACAUACACACACAAACAAACGCUCGAAUGAAAAGCAUGCACAGGCACACAUACACAUUUUAUUUAGAAGAUGAGCAGUAUCUGCCGUGAUAUGAAUUUUCUUUCUUUUUGUUCUGUGAAUGAGCUUUUUUAAAAUGACUUUCAUUGCCUGGAAACCAGGGCAUUUGAUAACAUUUCUCAUUUUUGCUUUUUCUCGUUUUCUCGUUUGUUGUUGUUUUCUUUGUUUUUGUUUGUUUUUUCUUACUGGGACUACAGGUUAACAAGGCUCACAAAAAAUGUAUCGGUAAAGCAAAUGGUGGUGGUGAUGAUAGUAACAGUGAUGCAACUUAAUUCAAGACGGCUAGACUCACUUCUGCUGCAUAAAUACCGUAGAAAUGUAAAGUAGCGGCUACCCCCUCCCCCCCCACACACACACACACACACAAGAGCAGUUCUUUUUGUCUGACAGCAUGAGUAUGCAGAUCUAUAUGCACCUUUAGGAACUGUUACAUAUUUCGUGUUUGCGUUCGAUGCCAGCCUGAUGACAUGCGAAGACGUUUCGAGACAAGUCGUAUUUGACGGAGCAUAGACAUUAUUUUGCUGGUUACUCAGGAACUCUCACCCCCCGAAUCGUAGAUGGUGGUUGGCCAGAUGACGACGCUCCGGGGAGGAGGAAACUUUGAUUUUCCUACCGAUGUUCAGCCUCGGUUCAAAUGCAUAUCGGCAAGUUGUUCAUAAGUCACAUUAAGACCACAUGCACUUCCUUCGCCGUGAGAAGUAUUUUAUUAGUGCAUUUUAUGAAUAUAUCAUAUGUCUGUUUCAUACUUGAAAAAGCAGUAUAUUAUAUAUUUAACCGAAGCAUUCUGUUUUAAAGAUUGCAAAAAGUGAGUCUUUUUGAUAAUGAGCUUUGCUUGUGUUUUCUAUCAGGGAACCUACUGUUUGCUUCUCUCAGUUGUGGUGUGACUUUUAAUGUCUUCUGCCUGUGCUAUGACAGGGCUGUCAUUUGGUCUCGGUUUUUCCCGCUGUGCACUCCUUCACAGUGCCAUUGACGCUAUGAAAAAGCAUGCAUGUCAACACGAAACGCGCCUGCGGGACAUCCGAGAGGGUACAUUUUGUUUUUUUCACAUCAGUAGACUGGUGAACCUCCACCCUCUUCAUAAAUUUGACUAUCUACUGUUUGGUGGAAGGAGCGAGUCCCCUCCUCCCCUGUCGCAUCUGGUCACACUAAAGGCCUCCCCAUUGGGAUUAUCUCGUCAUUUUUCUCCUUAACUUCUAUGAAGUUGCAUUCCCUUGUGUUGUUGUUCUUGUUUUUUUUUCUCUCUCUCUCUCUUCCAUGCUUUAUGUUGUCACGAUCCAGGGGGUGUGACUCACCUGAAAUUAUCUGUGCACACCAAAACCUUGACACCUAGCGUGAAUAUUACAUAUUUAGUAGGAGAGACCUUACUCGUCAAGCAUUUAAAUAGCUUAUCACAAAAAAAACAAAACAUGAAGUACUUUAAAAAGGCAUCGCGUUAUGGCAUGUUAGCUGCAAGAUGAAUUCAUGGUAGUUGUCUUGGUUAUGAUCUCGCCAUAAUGGAUGUUCUCUGGCGAGAUUGGACAAGUUCAUCUAUUUAAGCACUGAGUCUAUUUAAGCCUCUGGAGUUAGUAGUUGACAAGUUUUCAGUUUACUUUCUCACAAUGUUUUGAUUCACGACUUGCUGUUAUCAUCACCACCAGCUGGAUUAUUUCUCUUGCUCUUUGACCACCGCGUGCAUUGUUUGUUGCUACUGCUCGGUUAGCAGCUCUCUGCCUUUUGUAAACCGUCGACAUGAUUGGCAACAUUUAAUAGAGCUGGGCUGAGACGCAAAGAGUGAGUCCUCUUGCUCAAACGGUUAAGGGACAUGGAUAGAGGUGACACUGGUGACGCUAGUCAUUUUGGUGCGACGUUCGGUCUUCGUUCGGCUCAGACAAGGUGUGUGAAAGAACUGACAAAAUUCUGUUGGACAGAUCCACAAGUACCAGUAAGUCAGCUGGACGAAGACUUGUGGAUUCGGUAAGCAUCCGUGAGCAUAUGUCUGAAGUCCCAUUCGGUCAUUUUGACCAGGCAUCGCUUCUUCCCGAUUUGUCAGAGCCUUGGAAAAUGAAUGUUUUGGGGUUUCCACUUGUUCUCGUAUUUCAGCCACACUUCGAGCCCCUUGAGGCUGCUCCUCGCUACAUUUAUUGUUUAGGUACACAACUCACUUAUACAUGAGUAUGUAUACAUACAUUAAUAUACUAAAGCACUAUUAACGUGCCACCUCUUAUUCUACUCGCUCAGCAUUUAUAUUAAAUGAUCUCUAUUUAGAAUCAGCCAUUUUUUUUUCUGUCCACUGGUUGCCAACACAGACUUUAUCCUUUCCCAGACGAAGGACUUCUCUGUGUGCAUUGAUGUGUUCUCACUUAAUCUUUUUGUGUUCAAACAAAGAAAAUGUUUUCGACUAUGCUUCCGAAGAAGAUAAAUUUCUGUAACUUUGGAAAAUUUAUGAUUUUUUUUUUGUGUGUGUGUGAUUGUAUUGUAGAAUAUGUACCCUGACCGUGGCUUCUUUUUUUUUCCCCCCUCAAAGUGUGCUGUACUGGGUGAUGGUGUCGAGGUCUUAGCUAAGUGCAGGUGGAUUCUCCGCCCUCCCGCCCCCUCAAGAGGCAAUUCCUUAAGUCUCUAAUGAAAGGUUGGCCUUAUUUCCUUUGUGAAGUCUCCUCUCUUCCCAAAAAGAGCAGGCGAUGAUUCCCGACAAAUCGAUUAACACUUAAUUGGCAUGAUUCGGAGUCGAACAGACUCUGAGACAAUACCUACCCCCCCCCCCCCCCGUGAAAAACUGCCCCUAAAAAUCACUUUGUUCAUGCAACGAUGCCAAAUCCCAAGAUUGGAAAGCAAGACUUUGUUUGAGGAAAGGUUAUUGUUGGGGUUCGUAGUUUAUAUUUGGCGAUGUCUUUUGUCUGCGGUAGCCGGGUGGAAUCACCGACCUCCGAGUCUUAGUGAGCGCCGUUCCUUUUACCUCACUUGGUUUCAUUCUUACUCUGUCUACAGCAAGACGUUCGCACACAGACUAUUGUUGUUAUGUUUUUUUUUCAUUUAGGCGUAGUCACAGGACAUUGGCCUACCUGUCAGAUUCUGCUCUGGGACCGGUAGUAAUUGACCCAAAAGAAAUACGUGGCGAGCUCAUCAAAAAGACGGGCCGGGUUUUCGACCGUACAUCCACAACAUUUGAUGGUGUUAAGCAUCGUAUUGUCUCUCACUGUAGAAAUAGCUCGACCCGCGUCACACCCCCGAUCUUACCAAAAGGGUCCCUGUAGCCACACACACAACACACACACACACACACAGACACACAUACACAGACACAUUUUCAAAGGCUUGUGGCGCAGCAGAAUUGACACAUGGCAAGUGUAUGGAAUGGUUUUCUAUUUAGUAAAUAGCGAUGAUGUUCAUUUCAAUUUCCUGUUGUUUUUUUUUUUUUUCUUCUUCUUUGUUUCUGAGUGAAACUGCCGCCUACCCCUUCUUUACAUAGCCGAUUAACCCCUCCACUCCUUUGACCACUGAACUCUGUUAGUGCUGUUUGAGACUCACAUCUUAUUCCCUGACUUUCCGGGGAAAUACGCAAAUGGCUUUUUUUAUAUUACUCCCGUGUAAAAUAUCUCUUAAAUUAAGGUACAGGUUUGAUUUCAGCAAGAAAAAAAAAAGUUUUUUAUAUGUAUAUUAUACUCCAUUAAGGAAUGACUAGAAUUACCUUCCUACAAUGUGGAUGUAGCCAUUAUUACGCCAUUUUGACUUUGUAAGAGAAUUCACUGUGUGAAAAUUGGUUUGCAUUUUUGUAUAAUACAAUCUGCUUUUUUGUUUGAUACAAGAGGGAGGUCAAACUGGAAGUUUGAAGAGGGGGAAAAAAAGAACCUGUGAAUUUGCGAAAACUAAAUUGUAAGUUAUGUGCAACAGUGAUUCUGAGCUAAGGGGGAAGGAUUAAAUGAUAUUGCUAA